AUGCAGGUCAAAGGCGUAAUCAUCGCUCUUCUGGGCAUCUCUGCCAUUACUGAAGCUGCUGUUGUCCAAAAACGACAUCCCCUGGCUCGCGCUCUCCAACGACGACAAUUCGGCGGCGGUCGAUUUGGAGGCGGUGGCCGUGGAGGAGGCGGUGGCGGCAACAACGGUGGUCAGGGCGGCAACAAUGGUGGUCAGAACAACGGCCAAGCCAAUAACGGCGGCAACAACGGCGGCAAUAAUAAUGGAGGCAACAACGGAGGCGGCGGCGGCAACACUCUGGACGCCAACGCCGUGCAAACUGGCUCGCAGCAAGAUGGCAACAACCCCGGAUCGGAUGAGCAAGCUGCCUCUGCAACGGAUAACAACAACUUCAUCAACUUCUGUGCUGGCCAGACACUCACCAAUGGAGAGCAAAACCGGGACGGCUCAUGUAACGGUAUUCCUAUGGGAAAGAUUCCCGGAGCCAACAACAUGGUUUCUUCAGUCUUCACGUCGCCUCAAAACGGUGACAACAUUGAAGCCAAUCAAGACUUUGAUAUCUCAGUGCAGUUUAUCAACUUUGCACCUGGCUCGUUCACUAAUGCAACAACCACCUACUAUUCUGCUCCCCAGGACCUCGACGGUGGUGGUAACAUCAUCGGUCAUACCCACGUCACUGUCCAAGACACUGGCGAUAGUCUGAACCCCACUCAGCCUUUGGACCCUCAGCAGUUUGCCUUCUUCAAGGGUAUCAACGAUGCUGGUAACGGCCAAGGUCUCCUCACUGCCAAGGUUGACGGCGGUCUGCCUGCCGGUAACUACCGUAUCUGCAGUAUGUCUGCCGCAUCCAACCAUCAGCCUGUCCUCAUGCCUGUUGCUCAGAGAGGAGCACAGGAUGACUGCAUCCGUGUUACCGUUGGCGGUGGCAACGGCGGCGGCGGCGGCAACAACGGUGGUAACAAUGGCGGUAAUAACGGAGGCAACAACGGCGGCAACAACGGAGGUCAGGGCGGCAACAACGGAGGCAACAACGGAGGUCAGGGAGGUCAGGGCGGUAACAAUGGAGGUAACAACGGAGGUCAAGGUGGUGGCCAGAACGGCGGCAACCAAGGUGGCCAAGGUGGUGGUCAAAAUGGAGGUCAGAAUGGUGGAGACCAAGCAGCUGAUGCCGGUGGUGACCAGAACGCUGGCGGCCAAGGUGGUGAUCAGAACGGAGGCCAAGGUGGUGACCAAAACGGAGGAGACCAAGCAGCUGAUGCCGGUGGUGACCAGAAUGCUGGUGGCCAGGGCGGCGAUCAAAACGGAGGUCAGGGAGGAGACCAGGGCGGUCAAGGUGGUGACCAGAAUGCCGGCGGUGGUCAGGGAGGUCAAGGUGGUCAGGGCGGCCAAGGCGGUAAUGGAGGUAACGGAGGUGGCUUCGGUGGUGGUGGUUUCGGCCGCGGCGGCUUCGGUGGUUUCCAAGCGGCUUCAGCAGGGGAUGAGUCUGGCAACAAGACGGCCUCAGCAGCAUAA